GCUGUAGACGCGCUGGGAUACUGGUCUGUCUGGGCGUUUCCUGCCCCUGGAGGACAUGGAAGGCGUGGUUGAAAGUGAGCAAAUCUCCUCUUACUUGUCUCUGGACCAAAAGGGAAUAAGUCAAUUUCAAAUCCCUCUUAACAUUUCAAAGAACCUGUCACCACAAAGCCUGUGAUCCUGAUCCCGUUUUUGGACAGAGGUCCCAAGGGAGAAGCCAGGAUUUUUCAGGGGUUCUGUGGUGAGAUCCAGAGAGAGACCCACAACUUCUGCCAGAACCUGUAGGCAGUCAUGCUCUGGAGCCAUCUCUGGCAGGGGCAGAAGGGUAGACACUAAAGUAACAUGGUCCUGUUCAAGAGGACAGAUGCAUAUCGAGCGAAGCAGGUGGAUGUGGCCCAGGCUGGAAGCUUCUCUUCCAGGAGAGCUGGAACAGAAAUGGGGCCUAUGCAAACUUGGCAAGACCAGAUGAACUUUCAGUCAUCGAAUCCAAGGGGAUAAUCCCACAUACAUGGAAAGAGGCACAUAUUUCAUUAAUACAUAAAGAAGGCACCGAAAAGAACAAAAUCAAGAAUUAUAGACCAAUCUCACUAUUAAAUGUUUAUUAUAAGAUCUUUACAACCAUCUGGGCUUCAAGAUUAAAGGAAAUAUUAGGAGAAAUAAUACAUAAAGACCAAACAGGUUUCCUCCCCAAAAGGAAAUUGUCAUCAAACAUAAGGACGAUAAUAGACAUUUUAGAAUAUUAUGAGCUUCAUCCAGGAAAGCAGAUGAUGUUGAUAUUUUUAGAUGCAGAAAAAGCCUUCGACAAUGUUAACUGGGACUUUAUGAUACUGCAACUAAAGGAAAUGGGAGUGGAAGGAAAAUUCCUACAAACAAUUAAAGCAAUAUAAUCUGAGCAAGAAGCCAAGAUCAAGGUCAAUGGGAAUUUAACAGAGAGCAUACUGAUUGAACAAGGCACAAGACAGGGCUGUCCGUUAUCUCCCCUCUUAUUCAUAUUAACGUUGGAAAUUCUAAAUAGACAAAUAAGAGCUAACGAAGGAGUCAAAGGCCUCAAAAUUAGAGGAGAAGAAUUCAAGGUACAAGCCUACGCAGACGAUCUGGUAAUAAUACUUGAGGACCCGCAGGAUGGCCUAAAGGAAGUAUUAAGAAUUAUAGAAGAAUAUGGUCAAGUAGCAGGUCUCCAAAUCAAUUAUCAAAAAACAAAAGUCAUGAUCAAAAACAUAAAGAAAGAGGAAGUGGGAAAACUGUUGAGAGAAAGUAACUUUGAAGUAGUUCAAAAAAUUAAAUAUUUAGGAGUUAUUAUCACUAAAAAACCCAGCAAUCUAAUGAAAGAGAAUUAUCUUAGAAUACAGAAGGAAAUGCAGAAGAAUCUGGAAGAUUGGAGCAAGCUUCAAAUAUCGUUGAUGGGAAGAAUUGCAACGAUAAAAAUGAUGAUUUUGCCUAAACUAUUAUUCCUUUUCCAAAAUUUACCAAUACUUAUGAACUUUAAAUACUUUAAAGAACUGGAUCGCCUGACAACUAAAUUUAUAUGGAAUACUAAGAAACCAAGAAUAAAACUUAGGCUAUUACAGGAUUUGAAAGAAAGGGGUGGUGUAGGGCUCCCAAAUUGGUUAUUAUACUAUAAGCCGUGUGCAAUGACAUGGAUAAAAGAAUGGAUAACCCUGGUAAAUCAAAGAUUAUUGAAAUUAGAGGGGUAUGAUUUAAGUAUGGGGUGGCACGCAUAUGUGUGGUAUGGGAAAGAUAAGGAACAAUCUCAUUUUACGGAACAUAUUGUAAGGAAAGCUUUGGGUCUAGUCUGGUAUAAAUUUCGAGCACAAACAUACAAAAAAAUCCCACUAUGGGUAGCCCCCAUAGAGGCAUUUUCGAUGAAAGUGAUGAAUCAGAAAGGGAUCUUGUUAAAUUACAAAGAAUUGCUUAAUAGAGAACAAAAGUUAAAAAGCAAACAAGAAUUAGAGGAACUAGGGGUGGCAACAGACUGGUGGUCGCUGAACAAACUAGAAUCAAGAUACAGAAAAGAUAGAAUUUUGGGCUUUUUUGAAGGUGAAGUACAGGUAGAUAAACUCUGGAUCCACUCUGAUGAGAAAAUAAUAAAGAAAAUGUAUACAUAUCUAUUGGAAUAUGAAAUGGUGGGCCCAAAAAUGGAAAAGUGA